AUUUAAUAUUAUAGCAUUUUCGCUUUCUGCAACCCGUUUUAACCUCUCGCCACCCUUAUUCACCAGAGGUGGCCACGAUGUUGUUGUUGUAAAAGUACACUUGAGGGGUAGCUUAAGUACUGUGAAUGGCUCUUUUUCUAUGGUGAAUGGGACUUUCCCUACUCCUCUAUACCAUGGUCUUGAUAAAAAUCGAAUUUAAUCAAGUGAAAUUUACGAAUUCGUUUUAACGAAAUUGUUAAAAAUGCCUAAGCUAAAAAAAUUUCUACCUGGCAUUUUCAGUAAUGGCAAAGAUUCCCAAAAAAUUACCAAUAAAAGUGAGACCGAAGACCUUAACCUUGGAAGUAAAAGUGUUCCAGGAAGGCUUGAAACCGAUGCUCUGCCUGUUGAUGAACCAGAAGAAUUACCAAUUAGCAUUAACAACACUCCAACACCUUCAACAGAACUAACAGAAUCAGUGGUUCGGGAACUCUCCGCACCAAACUACAAUUCGGUUGAGGCAGCAAAUAAUACAAGUGCAUUCGAAAGUGAAAAUGGAUUGAACUCCCAGACCGGAGCAGUUGCCUUGCAGUCAAACAGCAAUGCUUUGACGCCAACAUCACCCGGUGCCAUGGCACCAGCUACUAUGAACACAAUGAAUGUACAUAAUGCUCAACAACAAAUGGUAAUGCAAUUCUCCAACAUAAAACAGCUGCAUUUUGGUUCAGUCUAUAAUUUUAACAGCAACAUAAGUGGUAUAGCUACCAACAACACACGUAAAAGUGGUAAAACUGACGAACCCAUUUCGCCUAGUGGUUCUAAUGGUGUAGACAACACAAAAAGACAACUACCACGUAAAACUACUUCAAUUGUGGCUAUGAUGCAGUCACGUGAGGAGCCAAAUCACCGUAUAUUGGAAACUAUAUCUACACACCUGGGCGAAGGUUGGAAACAUGUGAUGCGAGAGCUGGGCCUCUCGGAAGGACAAAUCGAGCAAGCUGUAAUCGAUCAUCAAAUGCAUGGUGGAAUCAAAGAGGUGAUUUAUCAGCUACUACUGCAAUGGAUCCGUGAUGCUGAGGAUAAUGUAGCAACGCUUGGACAUAUAACUUCGUUGCUGUGGGAGUUAAACCAUCGUGAUUGUGUGCAGCGUAUGAAAUUGGUUUACAAAUCCGAAGUGGACAGAAGAAAACCUCCUUCAUAAUGGUAAACAUUUGUACGCUGUUAAGGUUAUACAAUGUGCCUUAUAGGAUUGACUGGCGAAGCCCAGGUUCUCAUUAAAUAGUGUAUAUAUCUAUAUAUACAUUAUUAUUUUCAAGAUUUUUAUUUGACUCUUUCAGUGUGAGGAGUAAAAAAAAACUAUGUACUGUGCAAUAUUUUAUUCUUAGUACAACAUCUGACUACUUCAGAUUUGUUUAAAGUAAAACUUUUUAUAUUAAUAUUUUUUAAAAAUAAGUCUAUUUUAUAUGAUUUUACAAUAUUCUGAAAAUAAUGGGCAAAAGUUUGAAGUUUAAAAACCAGUCUUAUGGCCAUGAGCAUGUCUAAAAAUAUCCAUCGCCGUAUACUAUGUAUGUAUGCCAAUACAUAGUAUAUGUACGUUACAUGCAAAUGUCUGUGCAGUAAUUGUUCUAAUCCUACUGAUUGAUAAUGUUGAAAGUUUGUUAUUGAAAAGGCAUAUAUGCAUAUAUGCAGAUGUUUGGCGAAUCAAUGUAAAGCAAAGUUCCAAUAAUGAUGAAGAAUAAUAAUUUGUUUUUAGAUUUUAAUAUGUUUUUAAGCACAAUUUUAAUCCAUGUAUGUAUAAAAAAAUUUUAUAAAUGUUUAAAUUUAUGAAAUUUUAUAAAAAAAAAAUUGAAGCAUGGAUUUAAAUGCAUGCACUAGCAAAAGUUGAUAUCGAAUAUACAAGAGUUCAUGUAAAACUGCAUUUGUUAAUUUUUAAUUAUAUUUUGAUUAAUGUAAACACACGUGAUGUUCGUGAAAAAUUUUACACAAACACGAUUUAUAAUGACAAUAAAAGCUUUAAUGUUAAAAAAAUUAGUAACUAUUGGCAAUUUUGUAUAUACAUAAUUAAAAAUAUUUUAUUUUCAAUAAAACAUAAAAAUAUAUUCGUUUUAAAAAUAA